CAGUGUUCAAUUUCACUGCUGCCUCAGAAAGGACAUUAUUAACUGUGCCUGAACUCCUUACUCUACUGGUCACACAGGACUGGCUGAUCCCCUGACAAAUCGUACGUGUACAAAACCAAACACAAGAUAAUGAAAUGCCUGAAGAAAACUGCACCGUACUGACCGAGUUCAUUCUCUUGGGUUUCACUGACCGUCUGGAGGUGGAGAUACCUUUGUUUGGACUUUUCCUACUCAUCUACACCACCACUUUGGUGGGGAACGCUGGCCUCAUUUUGCUCGUCCAGCUCAAUGCCUGCCUUCAUACCCCCAUGUACUAUUUCCUAAGCAGUUUAUCUUUCUUAGACCUUAGCUGUUCAUCUGCCAUUGCUCCCAAGAUGCUGGUGAAUCUGUUAGCACAGCGGAAGACCAUUUCUUUAAUUGGCUGUGCAACCCAGAUGUUUCUCUUCGCUGCCUUUGCUGAUGCCGAGUGCCUCAUUUUGGCUGCGAUGGCCUAUGACCGCUACGUGGCCAUAUGUCAUCCUCUUCUCUACACCGUUGCCAUGUCCCGCAGGGUCUGCACCUCCGUGGUAGUUGGGGCUUAUCUCGGCGGGGGUCUGACCUCCCUGGUGCACACGUCUUUCACAUUCACGUUGCUGUUCUGUGGCUCCAACGUGAUCAACCAUUUCUUCUGUGAUAUUCCCCCACUGCUGGAGCUCUCCUGCUCCAGUACACACGUCAACGAGAUCCUCCUCUUCACCCUGUGUGGCUUUAUACAAACCAGCACCUUCCUGACCAUCGCCGUCUCCUACGCCUGCAUCCUCAGCACCAUCCUCCGGAUCCGUGUGGCAGAUAGCAGGCACAAAGCCUUCUACACCUGCACCUCCCAUCUGAUGGCUGUCGGGUUAUUCUACGGCUCCCUCCUCUUCACGUAUUUACAGCCCAGCUCCAGCUACUCGCUGGACACGGACAAAGUGAUCUCUGUAUUUUAUACUGUUGUCUUUCCCAUGCUGAACCCCCUGAUUUAUAGCCUGAGGAACAAAGAGGUGAAGGAUGCCCUCAGGAGAACAGUAGAGAGAAGAGUGUUUUCUCAGUGA